AUGGUCAAGGGAUUGCUGUGGUUCGUGGGCGCUAUCCUCGUCGCGGCCUCGUCGGCCAAGGACGAGCCGUCACGUAUGCUCCGUGCGGCAACGCACACCAAGGGCCCGACGCACUUGGGCUACCCCAUCAACCUUGACGGGCCAUUGGACACUGAGUCGGCGCCUCUCGUGACAACCGUUAUCGACGAGCCCAGCGACGAUGGCUCGUGGGAUGCACCCGACGACGACGACGAUGGCUCAAAGGGCGAUGAUGAUGAGCCCACGAACGACGACGAUGAGCCCACUAACGAUGACGAUGAGCCCACUGACGAUGACGAUGAGCCCACGGACGACGAUGAUGAGCCCACGGACGACAAUGAUGAGCCCACGGAUGAACCG